CGGAGGAUUAACCCUGUUGCGAUGCAAAACAACAUUCUUUUUCCCGUCAAAAAAUUAUUUGUUAUGAAUCAUUGAGCACCAUCUGAUAUGAAUAUCGAUGUUCUGGGGCGGAUUAGGCCCACCCUUCAUGGUGAGGGGGCAUACUCCCUUGAAGUGGACAGUCACCACAAACUCUCUACUGGUCAUGGAGGUUCAUACUUUAGUUUCCUCACCCUAUACAAGAGAGACUCCACCAACUUUGAAAUCUACAAGAAAUCUGUUGACCCACUUGUGGACUUAUUUAUUGCUGGAUACAACACAAGUUUUAUGGUGAUUGGUGAGACUGGGUCUGGCAAGUCAUUCACUCUGGGCGGGGAGAGCUCUAAUAAGUCUGGUCUGAUCCCUAUCACCAUUGACCAGUUGUUCCAGAGAGUCAAGACAGACGAGCGCUACCUGUAUGAUAAUCGCAUGAAUGACGAGCCGUCCAGCAUCCACAUGCAGAUGAUUGAGGUGUAUAACGACCAAGUCCGAGAUCUCCUGACUGUCCCCAGGAGUUCAAAUGACUUCAUUGACCUUGCUGAGACUGCUGAGAAAGGGGUUCAUCCCAGGCAUUGCAGCAGUAUUGCCGUUAAACGAGCCAAUGAUGCCACCACUCUCUUCAGACAGGGGUGGGGAAGAAAAACGGAGGCCUACACAGACUUUGGACCAGCGAAUAACUAUGCUGCGGUGAUUACGACGUUUGAACUAGAAUUGCAAACAAAAGACGAUCCAUUCCCUCACAAAUCCAGAAUGACUUUCAUAGAAAUGCCAGGAUUGGAAAAGCUUGGUGAGAAUCCAGACGAGAUGCGUCUUCGUGAGGGACCCAUCCUGAAUCGUGGUAUUGGGAGCUUUGGGAGUGUUGUCAGGCAGCUGGCAGCUGUGCCAUCUCCAAACAGAGCAAUCAACUACAGUGAAUCAAAACUGACCCAGCUGCUACAAGAAGAGUUAGGCGGUAACUGUAAAACCAGAGUGAUGCUGUGUGUGAAACCGAACCCAGAUCCAAGAAAUCUCGGCACUCAGUUUAAGCUGUGCAGUGAUAUGAGUCAGGUCAAGAACUUCCCGAUACGGAAUGAUAGUUUUGCACAGCAAUUGCUAACCCAGCAGCGGGCGCAGAUCAUUGACCUAAAGCGCCAGCUUGGUGUGAAUACGACGACGUCACGAGUCCCAGACAAGGCUGUACGUGGCAGUGAGGAUAUGAGGAAGUUGCAGACAGACAAUCUGCAACUACGGGACAAAAACGAGCGCCUGCAUUAUCGUCUUGAUCAAAUCCAGGAUAAGUUCGGUCUGAUGGCGCAGAAUAAGACCGACCUCUCCGGCCAGCUUCUCAUGACGGAGGAGGAGAAGCUAAAGGUCUCCAAGACCCUCGUCGAGAUGCAGAUUGAAAACAACAAACUCCUCGAGGAAAUGGAGGCGAUAAGAUUUGAACUCACAAACAAGAUUCUUCAGCUCGAGAGUGACCUGAUGGAGCGAGAGGUCGAGAGAGACAAGUACAUCAAAACCGCAAACAAUGCUCGUGAAAAGCUUGAGGAGAUCGAGAGAGAGAGAAAGGACUUGGCGGAUGAGUAUGUCUCCCUCAAAACAAACUACCUGGCACAGACCAAGGAUCAUAAAUUUAUGACUGCAAAAGUAGAGGAGCUUAGCAUGGAGCUGCUGAAUCUAGUAAACGCCAAAGCCCUGCUGAUGAGACAACUCCAGAAUCUUGGCCGAGCGAAGGAGUUUGCUGGCGAUCCUGACAGGGAGAUUGAGAGGAUCAAGGCGAUGGUUGACAGGUCAAUCUCUGCACGAUACAAGCCUGACGCAUAUCGACCAAGUCAGCGGGAGAAAGACGAUGUUGAAAACAAGUUAUUUGGUUUGAACCAGACGAGACUUGAUGCGGAGACUGCGAGAAUGAGGAACGAAUAUGAUGAUACUCAGAAAAAGCUGGAGGCAAAAAUCCUGAGCCUUGGAAACGAGUUGACAGAGUUACGACAGCUCUGUAGAGAGAGGCAGCAGAAGAUAUCUGAACUGAAUGCUCAACUAAUCACAUCAAGAAGCGAAACUGAAGACCUAAAACACGAGAAUAACCGUCUUCAAAACAAGAUGAAGGAGGUCAACGAUGACUAUAAAUCACGACUGCAUAAAUGGGUCGAGGACAUCGCUGAUUAUGUGGAUACUGGAGCUGGUAUGCCUGGGAAACAUGCCUCGCCGGAGAAAUAUCGAGAAUAUGUGAAUAACAUGAUGAAGGAUAUGAAGAAGGCGCAUCGAUUCCGGGAAGAACAGCUCAGCCAUGCUGCCGCGGGAUUCAGGAAAAAGGCAAUCGAAACAGUCAAGAAGCAUGAGCAGCUUCUGGUGGCUUACAGAAAUCUACAACAAGAGAUCCAGGCCCGAGGCAUCCGUGACAUCGACCUGGGGCCAGAAGACACCUAUCUUCAGAUUUUGGAUGGAGAAUUGCUAUCGAGCCAACAGAAAGAGGUGCACAGACUAAAGCAGGCUCUGACCAAGGCAGAGACUGAGAUAGAGAGUUUGAGACUACGGCUCAGCCUGAAAGAAGCUCCAGAAGUGACUCGAAGAAAAGAACCACAGCUAUUGGAUGACCGACGAGGUGGCAGCCCUCAGACAGAAAAGAUGCAGGACUUGAGGAAGCAGCUGCGAGAAUUCACACUGAACACACAGCAAGAGUUGGAAGCUGAGCGCAAUAACUUAAUGACCGAGAAUAUCGUGCUGAGAGAGCAAUUGAAGGAAAGCCAGGAAUACAUCGAUAAGCACCUUGUAAAGUAUAAACAAGAGAUUGUACGUCUUCGAGGUCUUCUUGGCAUGGAUACUGAAGGUCACAUGACGUCCAUGUCGGGGGCUGCAGCGUACGAUAAGCUAAAGAACAAUCGCAGGAGAUGAAAUUCAACGAUGUCGUAAAAAUAAAUCUGGAUCUCUACUUUGCAAAAACAGUGUUGCUAGGACAUGUCACAGUUAGUAGUGAAGUCACAAGGACAGUAUUUUGGACCUUGCAUAAUAUUCUGACUGUGUCUCUGGUAGUUCACUCCUAAAGCCUGCAGCACACUAGCCGCCAACUUUGGCGACAAGAAACGUUCAGCUGACACCUCUCGAUGCCGGGUGGCCAGUGGAUCCCAGAAUCGGCGUCCAGUAGCGUCUUUUCCGCCACUUUAGGCUGCAAUUUUGAAAUCAUGUGACAUCAAGACACAAGCUGAUUGGCCAUAGCCUUGCCACUGACGCCAAGUCAGGCGGCCAUCCGUAGCACCCCUGGCUUCUUCUUGCGUUCAAACGCGGCGACACGUGUCAAAAAUCAAAUAUGUUAGAUAUUUGGCGUUAAGUUGUGGCAGGUGGCGUCAAGUCGCGUUCGCCGACGCC